AUGACGGAGAUACGCCUUUAUUGGUACAUCUGCAUCGGGGUUGUGGCCACUAUUUUGUUAGUAUUUAGCAUCAUUUCUUAUCGAUGUGGGCACAUUUUGGGGCAUCCAGGCCAUAUCCAUACAUUGAAUCCUGGGUCUCCUCCUGCUCCGCAGUUUUCUCGCUCGCAUCAUUCUCGUCCUCGCUCUCCACGUCCGGAUGAGCAAGAUCCUUUGGAUUCCUCGAUUCCUUUGUCUCCUCCUGUGGUUCAGCAAGAUCAGCAAGAUCCUUCUCCCUCUCUACCUGUGGUUCAGCAACAUCCUUCUGAUGCCUCGACUGAUUUGCCGCAACAUAUUCAACGUAUGGUUUGGCGACCUCCUUAUGUCCCACUUGUGGUUUUGCGACCUCCUUCUGAUGGCCCACCUGGGGUUCUGCGACCUUCUUCUGGUGCCUCGAUGGAUGUGCCACUUGUGAUUCCGCAACAUGUUCGACGUGUGGUUCGGCGACCUUCUAGUACCUCGAUGGAUGUGCCACUUGUGGUUCCGCGAUAUGUUCGACGUGUGGUUAUGCGACCUUCUCCUGAUGCCCUACCUGUGGUUCCACGAUCUCCUUCUGAUGGCCUACACAUGGUUCCGCGACCUUCUUCUGGUGCCUCGAUGGAUGUGCCACUUGUGAUUCCGCGACAUGUUCGACGUGUGGUUCGGCGACCUUCUAGUACCUCGAUGGAUGUGCCACUUGUGGUUCCGCGAUAUGUUCGACGUGUGGUUAUGCGACCUUCUCCUGAUGCCCCACCUGUGGUUCCACGAUCUCCUUCUGAUGGCCCACACAUGGUUCCGCGACCUUCUUCUGGUGCCUCGAUGGAUGUGCCGCUUGUGGUUCCAUGA